AUGGGCGUCGUCGAAAAGAUCAAGGAGCUCGAAGAUGAGGUAGCUAGGACACAGAAGAACAAAGCCACAGAAUAUCACCUGGGCCAGCUCAGAGCAAAGAUCGCAAAGCUUCGCCAUGAGCUGCUCGAGCCGCAAAAGAAAUCGGGCAAGCCAGGCGAGGGCUUCGAUGUCAUGAAGUCUGGCGAUGCGCGCGUCGCCCUCAUCGGAUUCCCAUCGGUCGGAAAAUCGAGCUUCCUCUCCAAAGUUACAGACACCAAGUCUGAAGCAGCCGCUUACGAGUUUACCACGCUCACAUGCCAGCCCGGCGUGCUCGAGUACGAAGGCGCCAAAAUUCAGAUCCUCGAUUUGCCAGGUAUCAUCGAGGGCGCUUCCGAGGGCAAGGGUCGAGGUCGACAGGUCGUCGCCGUAGCUAAAACAGCCGACAUGAUCAUCAUUAUGCUCGACGCUACGAAGCCCGACACACAUCGUGCACUUCUCGAAAAGGAACUCGAGGCAGUCGGCAUUCGUCUCAAUAAGAGCAAGCCCGACGUUGUCCUGCGCAAGAAGAACACAGGUGGCAUCGUCAUCACCAAAGCCAUGGGGCUUACAUUGACCAAGAUCGACGAAAAAAUGAUACGUUCCAUCCUGCAAGGCUACAAGAUGCAUAACGUCGAUGUCAUGCUCAGGGAAGACAUUACCGUCGACGAGUUUAUCGACGUCGUUCUCGGCAACCGCAACUACGUUCCAUGCCUCUACGUCUACAACAAGAUCGACUCGAUCAGCAUGGAACAGAUGGACAAACUGGCACGACAGCCCAACUCAGUCGUCAUCUCGGUCGAAAAAGAUCUCAAUCUCGACUACCUCAAGGACACCAUGUGGGACAAGCUCGGCAUCAACCGUAUCUACACCAAGAAGCGUGGUGAACGUCCCGACCUCUCGGAUCCAUUGGUGGUGCGCAAGGGAGCGACCAUCGAGCACGUGUGUCACCAAGUACACAGAGCGCUCGCCGACAAGUUUAAGUAUGCUCUCGUAUACGGUAAGAGCAGCAAGUUUCCUACUUCGCAAAAAGUGGGUCUCAAUCAUGUCGUCGCAGCUGACGAUGUGGUCAGCAUUUUUACCAAAUGA